CUCGGGGAGCCGGGGCCGCGCGGCUCCUCCUCCCGCAGCCGCAUCUGGGGCGCCGCGCCGGCCGGAGGAGAGGCAUGGGGCGCCCGCGGGCCGGGGCCGGGGCCGGGGCGGGGGCCGGGGCCUAGGCGCGCGGAUCUGCGAGCGGACCCGAGAGGCGGCGGCGGCGCAGCUGAACGGCGGAGCGGGCCGGAGGCGGCCGAGGCGUCCGGCGCAGGCACCCGUGCCUCCCCUCUGCCAGGAACCUUGGGGCCCUGUGUGUGACCAGGACCUGGUGGCCCCUGGGCAGUGGCAGAGCCCCUGUCCCAAGCUGCUUCCUGCCGGUACUUCUGAUCGAGUGCCUAGAGGGAUGUGUGUGCCAGCCCUCAGUCCAGUGCCCGCUCCUGAGCUGACGCCUGCUGGGCCCCAACAGCUUGCCGUGUUUCCUGUGCCCGUAGCUCCCUGGUUGGAUAGCUGCCGCCCGGGAGAGGCGACCCUGGCGCCCUGCUAGGGUGACGGCCCCUGCCCUCGGCCCGGGAUCAUGAAAGGCCUCGGUGACAGCCGCCCCCGCCACCUCUCUGACAGCCUAGACCCACCCCACGAGCCCCUGUUUGCAGGGACCGACCGCAACCCCUACCUGCUGUCGCCCACGGAGGCCUUCGCCCGCGAGGCCCGCUUCCCCGGGCAGAACACCCUGCCAGGGGAUGGCCUCUUUCCCCUCAACAACCAGCUGCCCCCGCCCAGCAGCACCUUUCCCCGCAUCCACUACAACUCCCACUUCGAGGUGCCAGAGGAGAGCCCCUUCCCCAGCCAUGCCCAAGCCACCAAGAUCAACCGGCUGCCCGCCAACCUCCUGGACCAGUUUGAGAAGCAGCUGCCCAUCCACCGUGAUGGCUUCAGUACCCUCCAGUUUCCCCGUGGCGAGGCCAAGGCCCGUGGUGAGAGCCCUGGCCGCAUCCGCCACCUGGUCCACUCAGUCCAGAGGCUUUUCUUCACCAAGGCACCCUCACUGGAGGGCACAGCGGGCAAGGUCGGUGGCAAUGGCAGCAAGAAGGGUGGCAUGGAGGACGGCAAGGGCCGGAGGGCCAAAAGCAAGGAGCGGGCCAAGGCUGGGGAGCCCAAACGGCGCAGCCGCUCCAACAUCUCAGGCUGGUGGAGCUCCGAUGACAACUUGGACGGCGAGGCCGGCGCCUUCCGCAGCAGUGGCCCAGCCUCCGGGCUGAUGACAUUAGGCCGCCAGGCAGAACGCAGCCAGCCACGCUACUUCAUGCACGCCUACAACACCAUCAGUGGGCACAUGCUCAAAGCCACCAAGAACAACACUACUGAGCUGACCGCCCCACCACCCCCACCCGCACCCCCAGCCACCUGCCCCAGCCUUGGGGUGGGCACUGACACCAACUACGUCAAACGGGGCUCCUGGUCCACUCUGACCCUCAGCCAUGCCCACGAGGUCUGCCAGAAGACCUCGGCCACCUUGGAUAAGAGCCUGCUCAAGUCCAAAUCCUGCCACCAGGGUCUAGCCUACCAUUACCUGCAGGUGCCCGGCGGCGGCGGCGAGUGGAGCACCACGCUGCUGUCCCCACGUGAGACGGAUGCCGCGGCCGAGGGCCCCAUCCCGUGCCGGCGCAUGCGCAGCGGCAGCUACAUCAAGGCCAUGGGCGACGAGGACAGCGACGAGUCCGGCGGCAGCCCUAAGCCCUCACCCAAGACCGCGGCGCGGCGCCAGAGCUAUCUGAGGGCCACGCAGCAGUCGCUGGGAGAGCAGAGCAACCCCCGCAGGAGUCUGGACCGCCUGGAUUCAGUGGACAUGCUGCUGCCCUCCAAGUGUCCGAGCUGGGAAGAGGACUACACCCCCGUCAGCGACAGCCUCAACGACUCCAGCUGCAUCAGCCAGAUUUUUGGACAGGCCUCCCUCAUCCCCCAGUUGUUUGGCCAUGAGCAGCAGGUACGGGAGGCAGAGCUGAGUGACCAGUAUGAGGCGGCCUGCGAGUCAGCCUGCAGUGAAGCGGAGUCCACAGCGGCAGAGACGCUUGACUUGCCACUGCCCAGCUACUUCCGCUCCCGCAGCCACAGCUACCUGCGUGCCAUCCAGGCAGGCUGCUCGCAGGAGGAGGACAGUGUCUCCCUGCAGUCCCUCUCCCCACCGCCCAGUACCGGCAGCCUCAGCAAUAGUCGCACGCUUCCGAGUUCAUCAUGCCUAGUGGCGUAUAAGAAGACCCCGCCACCGGUCCCUCCACGCACCACUUCAAAGCCGUUCAUCUCAGUCACAGUCCAGAGCAGUACUGAGUCUGCCCAGGACACCUACCUGGACAGCCAGGACCACAAGAGCGAGGUGACUAGCCAGUCGGGCCUGAGCAACUCGUCGGACAGCCUGGACAGCAGUACCCGACCGCCCAGCGUGACACGGGGCGGAGUCGCCCCAGCCCCUGAGGCCCCAGAGCCACCCCCAAAACAUGCAGCUCUGAAAAGUGAACAAGGGACGCUGACCAGCUCUGAGUCCCACCCCGAGGCCGCCCCCAAAAGGAAACUGUCAUCAAUAGGAAUACAAGUUGACUGCAUUCAGCCAGUGCCAAAAGAGGAGCCCAGUCCCGCUACCAAAUUCCAGUCCAUCGGGGUUCAGGUAGAGGACGACUGGCGAAGCAGCGUCCCGUCUCACAGUAUGUCCUCCCGACGGGACACAGACUCGGAUACCCAGGAUGCCAAUGACUCGAGCUGUAAGUCAUCUGAGAGGAGCCUUCCGGACUGUACCCCUCACCCCAACUCCAUCAGCAUCGAUGCCGGUCCCCGGCAGGCCCCCAAGAUUGCCCAGAUCAAGCGCAACCUCUCCUAUGGAGACAACAGCGACCCUGCCCUAGAGGCAUCCUCGCUGCCCCCGCCCGACCCCUGGCUCGAGACCUCCUCCAGCUCCCCAGCAGAGCCGGCACAGCCAGGGGCCUGCCGCCGAGAUGGCUACUGGUUCCUAAAGCUACUGCAGGCAGAAACGGAGCGGCUGGAAGGCUGGUGCUGCCAGAUGGACAAGGAGACCAAAGAGAACAACCUCUCUGAAGAAGUCUUAGGAAAAGUCCUCAGUGCUGUGGGCAGUGCCCAGCUACUGAUGUCCCAGAAAUUCCAGCAGUUCCGGGGCCUCUGUGAGCAAAACUUGAACCCUGAUGCCAACCCACGCCCCACAGCCCAGGACCUAGCAGGGUUCUGGGACCUGCUACAGCUGUCCAUCGAGGACAUCAGCAUGAAGUUCGACGAACUCUACCACCUCAAGGCCAACAGCUGGCAGCUGGUGGAGACCCCCGAGAAGAGGAAGGAAGAGAAGAAACCACCCCCUCCGGUCCCAAAGAAGCCAGCCAAAUCCAAGCCGGCAGUGAGCCGCGACAAGGCCUCAGACGCCAGCGACAAGCAGCGCCAGGAGGCCCGCAAGAGACUCCUGGCGGCCAAGCGGGCAGCUUCUGUGCGGCAGAACUCAGCCACCGAGAGCGCGGACAGCAUCGAGAUUUAUGUCCCGGAGGCCCAGACCAGGCUCUGAGACCGUGCAGGAGGAAAGAAACGAUUUUAAAUCAUUAAAAUCACAAAAACUAAGUGCGAACGGAACAGAGUUUUCUCAGCCUUUGCUGUGGUUAUUCUGUCUAGAGACCCUGAGCCAACUUUCAAAUUGACGCACACAAGGGCUCACAAUCUGGCUUUUUCGGGUCCCUCCCAGCUUUAGGUUAUGAAGAUUUUACUCACAAAAAAAAUCAACAAAAAUCACAAAACUAGAAAACUUUUUUUUCCUCUUGCUGGCCGUGGUGGACUAGAUAGAUGGACGUCGGCAACUCCCGGCCCAGCCUCCAGACUGCGGUCUUUUUACUCGUUCUAUCUGAUGAGAACUCACACUAGCUUGUUUACAAGAUGACGACAGUCCAAGGGCAGCCUUGGGCACCUGCCAUGUCCUUCCUUUCCCCAGCUACCCCCACUCUGACCUUGGAUUUUCAUUCUUAGUUUUUCUCUUUUCCCUUCAGAGCUCACACAUUGGUCACCAUUGUGGCAAGCGGCUUUCUGGGUCUCAGCCCUCUCUGCGGUUGAGGGCCCAGAGGACAGAGAGAUGGACACACGUCCCCUCCCUCCCCCGCCAAGUGCUCACACACAACCUCACACACGCACACACACACACACGCAGAUAGAGGCGCCUCACUGGGAGGUGCCCCGCCAGCCCUGGGUAGUGUCAGGCAGGACUCACCGCUGAGCAGAUGAGGGAAGUUUAGUCUUGGGGGGGAAAUUGAGACGAAGCCACAGUUAUCACACUCCAGACUCUUGCCCUUUUAUUUUCUCCAGCCCCUUCUUCCUUCAGCAAAAUCUAGGACUCCGAGUGGCUUCCAGGGGGCUGUCAGUCCUCAGCCGCGCCUGUGUCCAGUGCCCAAGGGGCGGGUGGCGGUGUCUGUAUGUAUGUGUACAUAUGCACAUAGACCUUAGAGUGUAUAGUUAACAAACGCCCAUCUGCUCACCCAUGCCCACCCAGCACCGCUGCCGCUGGCUCUCGGGGCACCUGGCAGGAGGCGGGUGUGUGAAUAGCAUAUAUUUUUACAUGUACUAUAUCUAGGUGUGUGUACAAGUGUGUGUAAAAAUAUAUACCUUGUGUGUAAGCAGCCCUUUUAUUUUGGUCUCCACCCCCUCCCCCCCCCACUCCUAAGGGCCCAUCUGCCCAGCCUCUGAGUUUUCUGUUCUAUUUUUUUUUUACCCCAAUUAUCCUUCUCUCUCUCCUGCACCCCCCAUCCCACUCCCAGGGUGUCACGAGCCCUGAGCUGCAAUGGCCCGGACCUGCAGGGCGGGGUGGGGGAGGGCAGGGGCUCAGCCCCGAAGCCAGCUCAGUACCCGAGGGGCUGCUCUACGCUGUGUAUGCGCCUCUUUGGCAUCCAAGACAUCCUCUUGGCUGGCGCUUGCUGCAGGGGGGACCCCCCCCCCCCCCAGGUGAACCAAGGGCCUGCUCCGGGGCCCAUUUCCAGCUUGGCCGCCGUCUGUGACCUUGGGCAAGUCACUUGACCUCUGUGUGCCUCAACUUCCUCCUCUGUAAAACGGGGACAGUCCCUGCCCCUCCCUACCUCACAGGCAUGUUGUGAGAAUAAAUGAGGUAACGUGUA